UGGGGACGGCCACUGGGGCUCCCGACCCACCUUCCCCCGGGUUCAAGGAAUGUCUGACCCCAGCAAUGAUUCCACAACUCUUGGUGCUUCUAAUCCAGCUACAGAAGAGCAGGAUUCUGAGGAGUCUGCCAUGGCCCAGGAAUCUCCCAGAAAUUCAGCAGCAGAAAUUCCAGUGACCAGCAAUGGAGAAGUUGAAGAUUCACAUGAACAUAGCUUUAGCAGGGAUUUGAAGUGUUCAUUACCAGCUGGACUUGGUCUAUCAGAAACCCAAAUUACAUCUCAUGGCUUUGACAGCACCAAAGAAGGGGUCAUUGAAGCAGGACCAUUUCAAGGUUUCCCAGCACCAGCCAUAUCUUCUGUUAUAUCUCCUAGCAGUGCUGCAGCUAGCAGACUGGCUGAACAAGGAAGGGACUUAAUUGUUCCUACAGGUGACCAGAGAACACAGCAGAAAAGUGGACCAGUUAUUUUAGCAGAUGAAACUAAAAAUCCUGCAAUGGAGAAAUUAGAGCUUGUAAGAAAAUGGAGCCUAAACACUUAUAAGUGUACUCGCCAAAUUAUCUCUGAGAAGCUGGGUCGAGGCUCAAGAACAGUGGACCUUGAACUGGAAGCUCAGAUUGAUAUAUUAAGAGAAAACAAGAAAAAGUAUGAAAAUAUAUUGAAACUGGCCCAGACACUAUCCUCCCAGCUCUUCCAGAUGAUACACACUCAGAGGCAACUCGGAGAUGCAUUUGCUGACCUGAGUUUGAAGUCCCUGGAACUCCAUGAAGAAUUUGGCUACAAUGCAGAUACACAAAAAUUGCUAGCUAAAAAUGGAGAAACUCUUCUUGGAGCUAUUAAUUUUUUUAUUGCAAGCGUAAACACAUUGGUGAGCAAAACAAUAGAAGAUACAUUAAUGACUGUGAAACAAUAUGAAAGUGUCAGGAUUGAAUAUGAUGCAUACCGUACUGAUUUAGAAGAAUUGAACCUUGGACCACGUGAUGCAAACACUCUGCCAAAGAUUGAGCAGUCACAGCAUCUAUUCCAAGCACAUAAGGAAAAAUAUGAUAAAAUACGCAAUGAUGUAUCUAUCAAAUUGAAGUUUCUAGAAGAAAACAAGGUUAAAGUAUUGCACAAUCAGCUAGUCCUUUUCCACAAUGCCAUCACAGCUUACUUUGCUGGGAAUCAGAAGCAGCUUGAACAGACACUCAAACAGUUCCACAUCAAAUUGAAAACUCCUGGAGUGGAUGCCCCAUCCUGGCUUGAAGAGCAGUAAUCAGGACCUGGAAGAAAAAGACCCAUUGUGAUCUGAGAACCUAAUAAGCAUUAAAAAGGGGAGGGGAGGAGAGAGGACCCUUAUAUUGAUUCUUGCACAAAGAGCUUUAAUUUUUCCCUUUUAAUACUUUAACAGUUGAACUGUUCGAUUUGAGGGGAAGGUGGGUGUGGCUUUACUGUAAACAUAAUUUCUAUAAUCCAAACAUAGCUUUUCUUUUGGAGAACUUCUUUUGUAUUGUAAGGGUUGUUGGCUAUUUCUGUAGUCUGGAAACAUCUAAAAGAGUUUUGCACUGACAAGAUACAAAUUUGUGGUUUCUGGUCCUCAGGAUAUGGGCCAGUGAUGAUUUUUCC